CAGACGAUAUCAACAUCGUUUCAAGCGUCCGAAAGAAAAUUUACUCAUUUAAAAUUUUUCUAUCUUUUUCUAUUUCUAUUUAAAGACAGAAUGGAUAGUCCUCUGUCUAUUCAAGACAUGAAACCCGUCAUUCAGAGUCCAGAUCACACAGAUCGCCCUAACAUAUCGCCAUCCGUAUCGCCGUCUACUUCUUCAACUAAAGAUCUGCAAAAAUCUCCAAGGAAAUCUUCAGAAUCUGAGACCGAGACGGAAUCACCUGACAAAGGAAAGUCUAAGUCGCCAUCAAAAACUAAGGCAUCCCCUUCUCAAGAUAGGAAGCGGAAAGCAGAGAUAGAUGAAGAAACAAGACAGAAAAAUGAGAAACAAGAAGAAGAAAGACAGAAAAUGCAGGUUCUUGUUUCAAACUUUUCUGAGGAGCAACUCAACAGAUAUGAAAUGUACAGGAGAGCAGCUUUUCCUAAAGCAGCAGUUAAAAGGUUGAUGCAAUCAAUAACUGGCACAGCAAUAUCUCCGAAUGUAGUCAUAGCAAUGGCAGGUAUAGCGAAGGUAUUUGUUGGAGAAGUUGUUGAAGAAGCGUUAGAUGUUUUAGAAUUAUGGAAUGACUCGGGACCAAUUCAACCUAAACAUAUACGAGAGGCAGUUAGAAAGUUACGCAGCAGAAAUACCAUCCCCAAUGUGAAGAAGAAGAAAGUAUUACUGUCAUGAUAUCAUGAAAUAACAAGUGCUAUAUAGACAUGUGUAUUGAAGAAAUGUGAUAGAGAAGGAAAGGGUAGCUGGUACUACGAAUAAGAAAAUUCUAAAAA